GCGCGCACGUUGAGCCGGCUUUGCCGCUGCUUCUCUCGGGCUGCCUUCCGAUCAUGUCGUCCAAGAAGAACAGAAAACGUUUGAACCAAAGCGCCGGGAAUGGUUCGCCCUCGGCCUCCGCUGCUUCCUUUUCUGCCGGGGCCACAGCUUCUGCCGUGGCGGCCGGGACUCUGGUGGUGAUCAACUUCUUAGAAAAGGACGACAAAGUUCCUAAAGCAUUCCAGAAUUCCCUUGUUCAACUUGGACUCAACACCAUGAAGUCUGCAAACAUAUGUAUUGGUCGACCAGUGUUACUUACCAGUUUGGAUGGAAAGCAAGAGGUCUAUACGGCCUGGCCUGUGGCAGGAUUUCCUGGAGGCAAGGUUGGCCUGAGUGAAAUGGCACAGAAGAAUGUGGGUGUGAGGGUUGGUGAUGCCAUCCACGUCCAGCCUGUUUUGGGUGCUGUGCUGCAGGCUGAGGAAAUGGACGUGGCACUCAGUGACAAAAAUGCAGAUAUUAAUGAAGAACAACUGACUGCUUGUCUUCUGAGAAAACUAGAUGGCAAGAUUGUUUUACCAGGCAACUUUCUGUAUUGUACAUUCUAUGGACGACCAUGCAAGUUGCAAGUGUUGCGAGUGAAAGGAGCAGAUGGCGCGAUGUUGAGAAGGGCUCAGAAUGACUCUGACACUGUUGCCCGGGGAAUGGCCUCCAAGCCAUCCAGUGUGGAAACUAGUACCCUGGAUAUAUCCUUACAGCUAAGCCAGUUAGGUCUGGAAGUGCCCCAAAACCCAACAUCAAGCAGUACUCCUUACAAACCAGGAGAUGGCAGAAUGAUAAAUAAAGCUGGUGGUGUUUUGUCAGGUGUUACACAGAGUCCUGGGAAUGGAAGUGGACUUGGACUAGAGGCAGUCACAGGUCUUAAACGUCAUUCUCAGUCUGCCAGAGAAGGAAAUGAGCAACCUGUCAAUGAAGAGAGAUUGCUAAAGUCACCCAGCGUGGGAGCACAGUGCAACACCGAUACCUUUUAUUUUAUUUCUUCGACAACAAGAGUCAAUUUUACAAAGAUUCGUACAAAUUCAAAAGAUCAAGACAACCAAUUAAAAGUAACUUAUGACAUGAUUGGUGGCUUAAAUAGUCAGCUGAAAGAAAUUAGAGAAAUAAUUGAAUUACCUCUCAAACAGCCUGAGCUUUUCAAGAGUUAUGGAAUUCCUCCCCCUAGAGGAGUGUUGCUCUAUGGCCCUCCAGGUACUGGAAAGACAAUGAUUGCCAGGGCUGUUGCUAAUGAAGUUGGUGCCUAUGUUUCUGUAAUUAAUGGCCCUGAAAUUAUUAGCAAAUUCUAUGGGGAGACUGAAGCAAGGUUACGUCAGAUAUUUGCUGAAGCCACUCUGCGGCACCCAUCAAUUAUUUUUAUUGAUGAGCUGGAUGCACUCUGCCCUAAAAGAGAAGGGGCUCAGAAUGAAGUGGAAAAAAGAGUUGUAGCUUCACUCUUAACACUGAUGGAUGGUAUUGGUUCAGAGGGAAGUGAAGGACAGGUGUUGGUUCUUGGGGCCACAAAUCGUCCCCAUGCUUUGGAUGCUGCACUUCGAAGACCUGGACGGUUUGAUAAAGAAAUUGAGAUUGGAGUUCCGAAUGCACAAGACCGGCUAGAUAUUCUCGAGAAACUGCUUCGAAGGGUGCCCCAUUUGCUCACUGAAGCUGAACUGCUACAGCUGGCAAAUAAUGCUCAUGGAUACGUUGGAGCAGACUUGAAAGCCUUGUGUAAUGAAGCAGGUCUUCAUGCCUUGAGGAGAGUUUUGAGGAAACACCCUAACCUCCCUGACAGCAAGAUGGCUGGGUUGGUGAAGAUUACUCUGAAAGAUUUCUUGCAGGGGAUGAAUGACAUCAGGCCCAGUGCCAUGAGGGAGGUAGCAAUUGAUGUCCCAAAUGUAUCCUGGUCAGAUAUAGGAGGACUGGGAAAUAUCAAACUGAAGCUGAAACAGGCUGUGGAAUGGCCCUUGAAACAUCCAGAGUCUUUCACCCAAAUGGGUAUUCAGCCACCUAAAGGAGUUCUUUUGUAUGGGCCUCCUGGAUGCUCUAAAACAAUGAUUGCAAAGGCUUUGGCCAAUGAGAGUGGGCUGAAUUUCCUAGCUGUAAAGGGGGCUGAAUUAAUGAACAAAUAUGUUGGUGAAUCUGAAAGAGCAGUUAGAGAGAUCUUCCGAAAAGCGAGAGCAGUGGCUCCUUCCAUCAUUUUCUUUGAUGAACUUGAUGCCUUAGCAGUUGAAAGGGGCAGUUCAUCAGGUGCUGGGAAUGUAGCCGAUCGUGUUUUGGCUCAGCUCUUGACAGAAAUGGAUGGCAUUGAACAGUUAAAGGAUGUGACAAUCCUGGCAGCUACUAACCGUCCAGAUAGGAUAGACAAGAAAGUGAGAGACCAGUAGGAUUUUAACAGUUUCAUAAAUGGAGCAGAAAAGAAGAAAACUGUUGAACCUAAAGCCUGGCUUCAUCCAGAAGUAAAUAUAAAUUUUUCUUUUUCUGUCUUUAACCUGAAAGUAUGCUCAGAAAGUCAGGCCUCACCAGAAACAUUACUGAUGCUUUGGGGCAGUAAUUUUUUCAGCUUAUGUCCUUUAGUUCAGUCUAAUACUGGGAAAUAUUCCCAUCAAUAUUGAAUGAAUGAACUUAUGUGAAAGUUUAUGCCUGGGGAAAAAGCAAGCUAGAGGCUUUUGAUACCUAGUACUAGCUGGUUUGAUAUAGUAAAUGUUACAGUUCAGAGAACAGAGAGAUUACGGAAAGUCAGAAUAGUUAGGAAAAGAUAAACUCACAUUACUUAUUUGUUAAAAAAUUCAUUUUCUAUGUGGCAGGCUAAGUAGUUUGCAUAUACUGUCUCAUUUCAAUCUGCAUAAUAAUGCAGUUAAGGUAGAUACUUUUCAUACUGUUUUGUAGGUAAAGAAACAGUCUCACAGAGGUUAAGAAACUUGGUCCGUGAUCUAACAGCUAAUAAAUUACUCUAUAAUGAAUGUUACUUUUGUUCAUUUGGAUAUUCUUCCCAGAAAUCAGUGACUUUUCAUGGCCUUUAAAGAAUCUGAACUAGUUAACAGGGUUGCUACAGACCUUGGGAGUUUCUGGGAAUAGAUUUAAAGGCACUGAGAAAAUCUGAUGAUGGCUAUUGAGUGGGAAGUUAAGUAAUCCAUCUAAUUCUCUGUACUAACAAUAAAGUCAGUUGCAAUAUAUUCUUUUAUCAUUGACCUGAAAAAUUUCUGAGUGUGUAAUCCUACGGUGAGUGAUAAUGUGUCAUCCAAGCUUGCUUUACUUUUGGCAGGUACCAGUUGAAUCUAAGAAGUACCUGCUUCUUGUAUACAAGGUUUUAAUUUGUUUAACAGACAAAAAUAUGUAUUUGCAGCUUGAGGGAUCUUUCAUGAAUGGGGGUGUUCGGUAAUACCUCUCUUUCAAGCAUGCCAUGGUAUCUUGUUAACAGUGACAUUUAUGAGUUGAAGUAGAAAUCAAAAUCAUUUCAAAAUAGACACUGUUCACUACAACAUUAUUGGCAUCUGUUUUUAGCAUAGCAAUAAUUAUUAUUAGGGAGCUCUUUUUUGUAUGGCAAUUUAACAUUUUUUUAUUGAUUGAUUGGUUGUAUCUAAGCUGCUACAGCUUGAUAUGUGAUGGUUAAGAACAUGGACUCAGGCCAUGGGUUUGAAUCCCAGUUACAUCUCCUACCAUAUGUAUGACCUUUGGCAAAUUAGUGAAUCUGUGUGACUGUUUUUUCACCUGUAAAAUGGAAAUUACAGGAGUACCUAUUACAGAGGGUUGUUGUGAGGAUUAAAUGAAUAAUAAAUUUGAAAUAACUUAAAACAAUGCUUAAUAAAUAUUGUUUGUUAGCCUACUUUUUAAAAGUUUGCCUCAGUUUAUACCCAUGAAAAAUUCUUUAUGGAUAUUUUGUUCACUGUG